AUGGUGCAGGGAAAACAAUUAAAACCUUCAAAAUAUGGAAAACCAUUCAAAAUCAAUCGUGGCGUUAACAAAUCUAAGAAAAUUAUCAAGGAAUCUUCGUCAUCAAGUAAUAUAAAAGAUUCAGUUGAAGUAAACAAAGGUGAAAUAUCAAAGGAAGUUGUAGGAGAGUGCAAAAGUGGAUCGAAUGUUGGGAUUAAAGAAGAAACAAAAGAAUUAAAUGUUGAAGUUAAAGAGACAGAUAUUACUUUCAAUCAAACAGCUAAAUUAGCAACCACCACCAUCAUUAUUAUUACUACUACUGAAAUGGUCGUUGAGCAGGGAACAACUAAAAUAAUAACUAGUUCAUAA